AUGGCUCCACGCUACGGCAUCAUUGGAGCCGGAUUAGGAGGAAUUGUUAGCGCUCGCCAUGCACUGGAUGCUGGUGGUAACGUGACCUUGUUUGAGCAGAGCAAGCACAUCGGUGGAACGUGGGUACUGGAUGAUCGUACAGGUGUGGAUGAGCAUGGCAUUCCAAUCCACAGCAGCAUGUAUCGUGGGCUGAAGUCGAAUUUACCACGCGAGACGAUGGGAUUUUUGGAUUUCGAAAUCGAAGAUCGUGGCGUUAACUAUGUACCGGCCGAGGAUGUGCUAGCAUUUGUGAAACGGUACGUAGAGAAGCACGUACCACUCGACCGAAUUAUGCUACAGCAUCAGGUGAUCCAAGUGACCCGGCAGUUCAACGAGCAGCAAUGGCUGGUGAUCGUACGCGAUCUGCUUGAGAACCGGAUCAAGAUGUUUCACUUUGAUUUCCUUCUUAUCAGCGUCGGACGGUACGCUUCGCCGAUGUUGCCCGACUAUGCCGAAAGGAAUCGGUUCACAGGACGGCAGCUGCACAGCCACGAUUUCCGCGAUGCGCAUGAUUUUCGCGGAGAGGAUGUACUGGUCAUUGGCGGUGGUCCGAGUGCCACCGACAUCACGCUUAUGCUAGCUGAUGUGGUAAAUUCUAUAACGAUUAGUCAUCGAAGUGCCAUCCCGCUGAACUUCCCGGCAGAGAAGAAUAUCGUUCAACGGGCAGUUGUUACGGAUUUGACCCACGAUGGAGCCUAUUUUGCAGAUGGUACUGCAGGAACCUACAGCGUCGUACUCUUUUGCACGGGAUAUCGGUUUUCCUUUCCAUUUCUCAGCGUCGACUGUGGACUCACUGUGAAGGAUCGUUCGAUAGAACCGUUGUACAAACACUGCAUCAACAUUAACCAACCCACAAUGGCUAUCAUUGGGAGUCCAUUUCCGGCAUUCGCUACACUGAUGAUGGAUCUACAGGCUCGAUUUUGUGUUCAAUUGUUCAGCCAACAAAAGACGCUGCCCAGUAAAGAGGAAAUGUUGUUGGAUCUGGCAGCGGAUCAGAAAGAGCGCAAGGAUCGAGGCUUCGAUGCCGAUCGCUCCGAGCAGUUGUUCGAAGAUCUUCACGAACGUUACUACCAGGAGCUGUCGAUGGUUGGCGACUUACAACCGAUACCUGCUGUAACGAUGAAGUUGCUACAUCAAACGUUACGAGCCAGAAAUGUGUGUCUUUUAUGCUUCCGAGACUAUGUGUACAAAGUUGUUGGUGACGAAUUUAUUAUCGUGAAACGCCCAAUUCAUUGA